UUUUAAGUUAUUCGAAUAUAUUAAUAAAGUAGUAACGACAAUAACAUUAGAAAAAGUAAUAUUAACGCGGACAUAACGAAGUAGUAUGGAGGGUGUUAACACGGUUAACUUAACUUGGCGACCACAUUGACGUUUGUGUAGCCCAGUCGCCUUAGCGACGGGUCGCUCUCAUUAUCGAGACAGGUAGGCGGAAGUAGUCUGCAGGAGACAGCGUAACCAAUAUAAGAGAAGGAUGGAGGAAGGCGAGAAGUAGUAAACGUUAAAGAUCCUCCGUGUCCCGUUACGGCAGGAGUACGGAGCGAUUUUUAAACAUAUUUCGACCAGUCAAAGGACAUUUUGACAAUCCGCAAUCUUCCCCGCCAUCAAUAGCAGAGGGCCUAUUGUCAAUCACACCAAACGGAUAUUGCGUAGUAGGAUAGUAACGCCCCGACGAGCUAGACGACCAAUCAGGGAGGGUAUAUCAGUGUUGGUUUAGAAGUGAACCCUCCCAAUUUCACACACAAGGAGUAGAUGGAAAGUUAGGGCUACGUAUUGCGGGUUUGGUGGCUGAAGUGUGGCUCGUGUGGAGAAGAUAUGGUGUUAUACCGCAUGGUAUUACUGGUGCACAUAUAAUCAGACAAUUUAACACAAAAAAGAAAAAAAAUACAUAUAUAAUAGUUUUAUUUUUAUAUUAGUUCUAUCAUUUUUUGUAAUACAUAUAAUAUAUCUUCUGUGAUGCCUACUAGUCUAUUUACCGAUAUGGAAAGGAGUGCCGACAGUCUGGUAGAGGACAGGGCACUACAGUUAGCUCUCGAACUAUCGAUGCUUGGCAUGAACAAUGAAGCCGAUUCGUCGUUUAGUCCAACGUUCGAGUCGGAAACCAGGACGAAGAAGAGCCAAAAUACGACAGAGUGCGUACCUGUACCCAGUUCCGAACAUGUUGCCGAAAUCGUCGGUAGACAAGGCUGCAAGAUAAAAGCACUUCGGGCCAAAACUAAUACUUACAUCAAGACACCAGUACGAGGAGAGGAGCCUGUGUUUGUAGUGACUGGAAGAAAGGAAGAUGUGAACGCAGCCAAAAGAGAAAUCCUUUCAGCAGCCGAACACUUCAGCCAAAUCAGGGCACAGAGAAAGAACAAUCUGAACGGAUCCCUAACACCUGGACCUAAUUCAAACGUGCCAGGACAAACAACGAUCCAGGUACGGGUACCGUACAGGGUUGUAGGAUUGGUGGUGGGCCCUAAAGGUGCUACCAUCAAGAGAAUCCAGCAGCAGACCAACACAUACAUAGUUACACCGAGUCGAGACAAGGAGCCAGUUUUCGAAAUCACAGGGAUGCCCGAAAACGUGGAGAACGCCCGAAAAGAAAUCGAAGCGCACAUCGCUAUGAGGACUGGAGGAAUCAUCGACGCUCCAGAGGAUCCAGAAUAUUCAUCGGCGGAUCCAGCCUACAGUCGAGGGUUAAGCAACGGAUUGGUUGGGUCAUUGUACAAGACUGCCGAUCUGACAUCGUACGGAUCGUACUCCAGAGACGCGGGUAUAUUAACACCCAGGACCCAAGAGACCAUCUUUGCAUUUCCGUCAUCCACAAACUCUCCGGGUUCCACGACCACCACAGCAAAACUAGCCGAAUUGUACACGGGCAGCUUUCCCGCUAGUUUCGGAACCGGCUACGGCCUGUACGACGUGGACGAAGGUUUAGGAGAAUCUCCGACAUUCGAGACGCCAUUGGUGUCUCUACCACCCGGAUCCGUCUGGUCGGAUUUCGGCAACAGCCGAAGCCCAACAGGAGGACUUUUCGGCACAUCAACGACAACAACCACCGCACUGCGACGGAGCAGUUUGGGCAAUACACCUACCACUACACUCAGUGAUCCCAUACUGCUCGAUCAUCCACCCGCACGAAGGUUGAGGAGCGAUCCAUUGACUGGUAGCCUAUCCACCCUACCCCCUUUCGCACCUCUAUCGAACGGUAAUGGUAGUGGGGCGCCAAACGGUAUACUCAUCAACAGUUUCUCAACGAGUUCCAGCGGUGGCAGCGGUAGCGUUUCCAGCAGUCCAACAGAAUCCUUAACUUCUGCUCGGAAAUGCAAGAGGGACUGUGUUGUCUGCUUCGAGAGUGAAGUUGUGGCGGCUUUGGUUCCAUGUGGUCACAAUAUGUUCUGUCUGGAGUGUGCCAAUAGGAUCUGCGAGAAACGGGAUCCGGAGUGUCCUGUAUGUAGACAACAAGCUACUCAGGCUAUUCGUAUCUAUUCUUAAAACUAAAAAAAAACAAAAAAAUUACAAAAAAAAA